AUGAAAUAAUAAGAAAUGGCUUCAUUAACUAAUUAUUAAUAAAAGCAAAACAAGAAAAAUAAAAAGAAAAGAAUAAACUGUUUUUACAAAAGACUAAGUAUCAAAUAUGACAGAUUAGUGCACUUCCCUAAUCCAGAACCUAAGCCUGAUGCAUUUUCGUCUCCAAUUUAAUUGUAACUUUUAAAAAUUAAAGAAGAAAUAUAUAUAUAUAAUUAGUUAUUUAGAAGGAAAAAAAUAAAUAAAAAAUAUGAAAUAACUAAUAAUCAAAGCAAAAGUUAAAAAUAAAAAUUAAUGAGAAUGAAAAAAAAAACACAAACACACAGAAGCAAUUUAUAAAAAAAAAAAAUCAAAUAAAAAGCUAAUAAAUAAAUUAAUUAAUAGAGUCAUUUAUAUUGUUUUAAAUUCAUUUUUAAAUUAAGAAAUAUCAAAAUAAAAAAAUAAACUUAGUUUACUUAAGAUUAAGUGUUAAAUUUAAGAUAUUAGUGCAUUUUGCUAAAUUAGAAACUAAGACUUUUGAAGCUUUAUCAUCAAAUUAUUUUCCACUUUUUAAAUAUAGAAGCAAAUUUAAAAUAUAAUUAAUUAUUUAAAAUGAAGAUAAUGAGAAACUAAUUAAUUAAUAAUCAAACCAAAUGUUUAAAAUUAAAAAACAAAUGA